GUCGCCAAUCGCGGGCGUUGUCAGUCGGUUGAUCGCUGAAUGAAAGUCGAAGUUUCCCGCUUAUUUUCAACUUUCUCAAAUGGAACUCUCGGAAAUCGAUCUACAUGAUGACGUACGCAACGAGGACGACGAGUGCGACAGCCCGCCUCACCUACAAAUGUCAAUCAACUUCAGAGAGAACGCAAAUGAGACGAUGACGCUGAUCUGGACGCAGACACAGUGUCUCAGACCGAAGCAUUUUGGAGAGGAAGUGCGUGCCACUAUGGACGUGUCUCACUUUCUGAAUCAAUCUGUGCCGUUUCUGAUCGAUAUGAAUGCUGAUAGUCUACCCGACAUUGUCAAUCGGUUGUUGGAGGCUGUUCUUGUUGGCUACGAACCGGAAGAAGCCGAGAGAAUUUGUCAGGAAGCGAAGAGCAGUCUGUUUGCAGAUGACGCAAUUCAACAGUUUGCAAGCAUAAUACAGGUAACUACAGUCACAGAAGGAGGCAGCGUCUCUCCAGAGCAAGGCUGGCUAUUAGCAACUGGUCAGCUGGCCUCGCUUCAGCGACGACACGUUGCAAUCGCUCGAUUGAAUCAACCGAUUAACUUGGAGCCAACGGUAUCAGAAGCUCGAUUUGUAAUCAUUGUAUUGGCUCCUCAUAAAGAGAAAGGAACAAAGAAUGCUGUUGAAACCGGACGGACGUUUGCUACUCUGUUUGCAGAUGUUGAUCUGCGUAAUGAGUUACUGAGAGCAGCAACAGCAGAUGAGUUCAAAAAAUUGAUGUUGAAGCACACCCAGAAAUUGAGGAGUAGAGGAUCGACUUGCUGUCGGACACGGAGCAGUGUGUUACAUGACGUGUCAGACUUGGUUGCAACUCGGUGGCAAUUUGGUGCAGGGAUAGUUCAGGAUGUGAAGAGACGGUGGCCGCACUACUUGUCUGACUACGUUGAUGGUAUAACAGGGCAGAACACACUGCAGAAAGUCAUCUCUUCGAUAAUCUUUCUCUACUUUGCUUGCUUACUGCCGGCAAUAGCGUUUGGCGUGCUCUACGGUGAGAUCACAAACCAACAAAUAGGAGUGAAAAAACUUGUUUUUACACAAGCAGCAGGCGGAAUUCUAUUUGCCAUAUUUGGAGGUCAACCGAUGAUUAUUCUGUUAUCAACUGCUCCACUGGCUCUUUUUACUAAAGUGAUCUUUACGAUUGCUGAAGAGAGGGAGGUUGAUGGUUUGGCUUUCUACUCUUGUAUUGGCUUGUGGAAUGCUGCUUUUCUAGUUCUUUAUUCUGUCUUCAAUCUGAGCAAAGUAAUGCAGUGGGCAACAAGACACACAGAAGAGAUAUUCGCACUCUUUAUCUCGAUCGCAUACACAGUGGACAGCAUCAUGCAACUGAACAAGAAUUUCAAGGAGUUUUAUCGUGCGCCAUCCUGCUACACCACUGGAGGUAUCUCUCUUGCUUUGAAUGCAACAAACACCACAGGUGACACGGACGUUUGUCAUCGAGAUCAUAGCCUUCUUUAUCUGGCAUUACUGCUUGGCACUGUGUCAAUCUGUUCGACACUGUAUGAGUUCAGGAAGAGUCCCUAUUUGGACACGAAGAAACGGGAGUUUCUGUCCGAUUAUGCGCUGCCUGUGGCGAUUAUUGUUAUGUCAUUUGUGGGGUCGUAUCUUGCUGGAGAUAUAAAAUUAGAGAGGUUUGUUCCGGGCAGUACCGCUUUCUUUGAAGUACCAAAUUUGGCCAGCCUUUCGGCGGAUGCCAUUUUCUUGGCUAUGGUGAUGGGCUUUGCGUUGUCUCUUCUGUUCUUUAUGGAUCAAAACAUUUCAUCUGCGAUAGUCAACUCACCAAAGAACAAUUUGCAGAAAGGAUCUUCAUAUCACUGGGAUCUUAUUGUCGUAGCUGCAAUCAAUGGACUGCUGUCUUUGUUUGGUCUCGGCUGGCUUCAUGCUGCGUUACCUCAUUCACCAUUACACGUACAUUCGCUUGCUGAUGUGGAUGAACGUGUGGAUCAAGGUCAUGUGUAUGACAUAAUUGUUCGAGUGAGAGAGACUCGUUUGACUGGUCUACUUUCCCACGUUCUGAUUGCCCUUUCACUUCUCAUGGUUCCUGUCCCACUCCACUUCAUACCGAAACCUGUCCUUUAUGGCCUCUUUGUAUGCGUCGCACUAAUGGCUCUGAACGGAAACCAACUGUUUGAAAGAAUUUUGCUGUUUGUCACAGAACAGUAUGCUUAUCCUCCUAAUCACUACAUCAGAAGAGUUCCACAACGUAAGAUACAUCUCUUCACAACGAUCCAGCUGUGUCAGCUUGCUGUCGUCUGCUUUUUUGGCUUUUUCCCCAAUCCAUAUGUCAAGAUGAUCUUUCCUGCUAUUAUCCUGCUGCUACUCCCUGCCAGAUAUUUGUUGGUUCCCAAGUUGAUCGACUCGAAGUAUUUGUCAGCUUUGGAUGGCAACCAUUAAUUAACUAACAUCUAUGCAUCAUUAUCGUGAAUUUAAUUGAAACUCUUGUAUUUAUUUAUCGUAUACUUAAUUAUUUAUUUAUUUACAUCCUUGAAAGCAAAUAUUUUCAGAAAUCUCAGACAUACUGAAAUCUACUAUUCACAAUAAUUUUCUAUGAAAUAGAGAAGGAAG